GCACGUAUCCGGGUACAGCAAGCGACAGCCGCACUCUCUGUAGCUUCAUCCGCACCCACAAAAGCUAUAUGGCCGCCGGCAUUGUCGUGCUGCUAAGCUUGGUCGCUGUGGGACUCGCCCCUCUGACGUUCAUCAAUAAGGAGGAGAUAUCUGAACUGUCCACCGCUUUUAACGCCCUCAAGCGCGAGCAAGACGAAAUGUCUACCACUGUUGAUGCCUUGAAGCGCAACCAAGACGACAUGCGCCAACUGUCCACCACUGUUGACUCCUUGAAGCGCGAUUUUGACGCCUCAAAACGCCGCCAAGACGACUUAUCCACCACUGUUAACGCUUUGAAGCAUGACCUGGACAAGGAGCGAAAUCAAACGAUCGCUUUGGAGCCGCGUCUCCACGAGAUGAGUAAGAAGUUACACUUAUGCCAGGAGGGAGAUGGGUCAUCCUACCGAGGAACAGUCUCUGUAACCAAAACAGGCAAGACGUGCCAACGCUGGGACACGCUGGUACCCCAUGUACACCACUACGGGCCUGUCUACCGUAUUUUUCAUCCAUCAGACGGACUGAAGGAGAACUACUGCCGGAAUCCGGGCAGAGAAGGUACCGUGGGAGUUUGGUGCUACACCACGGAUCCCGGCACCAGAUGGGAGUAUUGUGACGUACCAGUGUGUGGUGCGGUCUGAGUCUGACGCACCAGUAUUUGGUAUGGCCUGAGUCUAAAAUGAUGUUUCUGACCUUUUGUGUUAAUGCACCAUGCAGUCGUUAGCGUGAGUGAGGCCUCUACAAAUACCUGAGUUUUCUGGUUUUUUCUUAUUGUAUACGAAUUUUCUUAUUGUA